GAGAGGAACACAGAGGAGGAGAGGAGAGGGGGAUGACUGUGCCGCGAGUUCUUUAGCCUUUUUCUGUCUCUCAGUCCCUGUCACAACGGGGCUAAUCAGCGACCGACUAGCCCUUGGCAAAGUCACAGUGAGGGAGGUCUCUCCACCAAACAGGCAACCAGUCGACGAGCCAACACAUGUAUCAGGAGUCAUCAGAACUCGGGAUUUUUUCAUAUUUUUUCCAGUUGGUCACUUCUUCCCUCCUCUGUCAUGCUGUACUGCCUUAUGGAUCCUUGUGAUUUAUCCACAGUGGAGCUGCAUUCUGGAGUCUGCAGCAUGGCAGGAAGGCAGUUAGAGGGGGCAGAGGGGAUCCAGGCACCUGCCAAGCCUUCCUGGCCUUACCUCUGGCUGUGAGUGUUUUCCAUGCUGCUCUCAGUCUUUAAUACCAGGAGCCAUUUUGUACCCUUGGCUAAUAGAGGGCCACCUCACUUUUUCAAAAAGGAAAAGCAAGAAAACAUCUUUCCUAUGUCUCUCCCUGGAAAAGGAAUUAUAAAGGAAUGUGAUGCAUGACUGCUGCAUUUAACAUUUGGGAAGAGGCAAAAAGGACCACUUUCAAACUAAUGAGCAUUUCCCUGCACUGUCAAUGGAACUUGGGAGCCUUGAGUUGCUCCAGCCAGGCUAGUGUGGUCUGUCCUCUGGUGUGUGCCGUCUCCCCCCACCAUGCAAAAUAAUGAGCCCUCCACACCAUGAGUCCUCUGGGCCAGGUUAGUUUGCAGCCUACCUGGAACGCAGCCCUGCUCGCCGUGCUCUCCCUCAUGGUGCCUGCUCUCAGUAUGUGCCAGUCCACAGGCCCCGUGUUGGGCUCGGCUAACCCACAGAACUGUCCAGGUAUGUGCUCCUGCACUAACCAGCUCAGCAAGGUGGUGUGUACUCGCAGAGGCCUGGUUAGGGUUCCUCCAAACAUCCCAACCAACACCAGGUACUUGAACUUGAUGGAAAACAGCAUAGAGACCAUACAAGCAGAUACUUUCAGACACCUGCAUCACCUGGAGGUACUGCAGUUGGGCAGAAAUGCUAUCAGACAGAUUGAAGUGGGGGCCUUCAAUGGCCUGACCAGCCUCAAUACCUUGGAGCUGUUUGACAACAGACUGACGGUCAUACCAAGUGGAGCGUUUGAGUACCUGUCAAAGUUAAGAGAGUUGUGGCUUAGAAACAACCCCAUUGAGAGCAUCCCCUCUUAUGCCUUCAACCGUGUCCCUUCACUCAUGAGACUGGACCUGGGAGAGCUGAGAAAAUUGGAGUACAUUUCUGAUGGGGCAUUCGAGGGUCUUCAAAACCUCAAGUACCUCAACUUGGGGAUGUGCAACCUGAGGGAGUUUCCUCAUCUUUCACCUCUGCUGGGAUUGGAGGAGCUAGAAAUAUCAGAGAAUGUUUUCCCUGAACUGAAGCCUGGGGCUUUCCGUGGUCUCAAGAAUUUACGUAAACUGUGGAUUAUGAACUCUGCCAUCACUAACAUUGAGAGGAAUGCAUUUGAUGACAUCACAGCCUUGGUGGAGCUCAACUUAGCCCAUAACAACUUGUCCUCCCUCCCCCACAACCUCUUCACCCCUCUGCAGUACUUGGUGGAGCUACACCUGCACCACAACCCUUGGCGAUGUGACUGUGAUGUAGUGUGGCUCUCCUGGUGGCUCAGAGAAUACAUUCCUACAAAUUCCACCUGCUGCGGACGCUGCCACACCCCGGCCCACAUGAGAGGACGAUACCUGGUGGAAGUUGAUCAGACCACCUUUCAGUGUUCCGCACCAUUCAUAGUGGAUGCUCCUAGAGAUCUGAACAUCUCAGCAGCCAGGGUAGCGGAACUGAAGUGUCGCACAGCUGCCAUGAGCUCCGUCCGAUGGCUUCUCCCCAAUGGGACUGUCUUGACCCAUGGUUCAGCUCACCCGCGGAUAUCCGUCCUUAACGAUGGGACACUCAAUUUCUCCAAUGUCCUCCCAUCUGACACAGGGGUCUACACCUGCAUGGUGAGCAACAUGGCUGGAAAUUCAAAUGCCUCAGCCUACCUAAAUGUCAGCAAUGCCGAACUCAACACAUCUAACCUGUCCUACUUUACCACAGUAACAGUGGAAUUUUUGGAGCCCACAGUGGAGGAGACCCCAAAACCCAAGCCUACAGUCCCCGCCUCGCCCUCCGUCUUUCAGCCUGUCUUCAUUUCCACACCAACUGUGUUGUUCCAAAGUACUCAGACUCCAAGGCAGGUUUCAAUUCCCACUGCCAGAGUUCCUAGUGGGCCAGCCGCCAGCCUCGAUGAGGUGAUGAAAACAACCAAGAUCAUCAUUGGCUGUUUUGUUGCUGUAACCUUACUGGCAGCGGCCAUGUUGAUAGCAUUCUAUAAGUUGCGUAAGCGGCAUCAACAGAGGAGCACGGUGGCAGCAGCCAGGACCAUAGAAAUCAUACAGAUGGAGGAAGAGGUUCAUCCUGUUCCACCACCCACCUCUGGAUCUAGUGGCUCAGAUGACACAGGGUUGGUACUGCCUACUUUAGUGGAACACAACAGCAACACCUUUAAGCCUGGGUACGUGUCCACCUCCUCAUCCCGCCAAGGGGGCUAUGGGGCCCACUGGACCCAGAACAACUCUCUUCAUCGCUCAGUCAGACAGCAUCACAGCCACAUCAGCACCAUUGCUGACCCUUACGUCAUUAAGACUUCACACGGCAAGGAGAAGGUUCAAGAAACCCAAAUCUGAGUUAUGCUCUCUGUGGAUCUAUCUCUGACUCUGGCCAAACCUUUCCUCUCCACCUGUCUGCUCAUCACUCCAUGCAAUAGAAUGCACAAAGAACAAAACGGUAACUUUCUUUUGUACAGAAGUGCAAAACAGAGACAGUUUUUUGUUUCUUGUACAUGCCUAUACGUACGUAUAUAAAUAUGAAAAAAUACAAAUAUAUAUAUAAAUGAAACUAAUGUCAGGAGGUGGUGAGACAUGCAGAUUAUAUUAGAAAAGAAAGUAAUUUGAAACUAUUUUCUAAUAACUGGUGACUUCUAUUUAAUAAAGACUUUGAAUUGCUUUUGUGAUUGAUGAUAGAAGGUGGUACUGUCUACUGUAAGAUGAGAGAGGGCAUUUAGUUUGUUUUUUGAUCAUAUUAAGGAUGCAUUAAAAACUCUUUAUACAGGCAACAGUUUCUAAAUACAUGCCCAAAUGUAAGUUCCAGUUUUUACUGUGCCAAAUAUUAUAUGCAAUAAAAUGGUAUUUCCAGACUAAAGACACAAAAAGACACACAAGUAAAAUCUAGAUAAAAAGAAACUUGUCCAAGGAUAGCAGCAUAAUGGCACAGAUAGAAUGUGCUGUUCAGUAGCUAUCAGCCAAAUGCUUUUGGACUGCAGUGAUUUUCUGCAGCUAAGAUUUAACCCUCUGUUCACUGGAGCUAAGCUGCAUUUAUUUGACAGUGCCGGUGCUUUUUAGUUGUAGCUAAAUAAACAUGUUUAUUUAGUGUGCACAUGAUUUCUCACCGGUUCAACUGGUAAAGAUGAAGUGCAGGCUAAUGACAGCUCUUGCAAAUACUAUAUUAUCUGCUCUCGGUUGCAUUUUGUAUUAUUUCUUUUCCUUUAGGUUUUGACAUGCUUCUUAAUGGCUUGUGUAGUGUUUAGGGCUAAUUUAGUAAUGCAUUACAGCAGUUGCCUGACUUGUCUCCGCAAGGGCUCCGUCUGAGGCUAAAUUUUCAAAGGAGCAGACGUGGUGCAGUGAUACAGGGCUUUGCCGACCGUUCUCUUUUUCGAGGAAAAAAAAAACAGGAUUGAAGUGGAACAAAAUGAAUGUCUGAUACUGGGGCUUUUCCAUGGACUACAUUGAAACAUGACUUUCUUUCUUUUUCUUUUAACAGUUUAUUUUGAGCAACACUAUUUUUAUGGAGAGA